UCCGACGGCGGCACUUCCGGUCGGCAUUUUGUUCUACGAGAGGAGGAGAGCCUCUUUCGGCCGAUCGCAACAAAUCGUCACAUUUCUCCUUUUUACUCCAGGAAAAAAUCUAUUGGCUCGCACUCGUCGCCCGUUUCAACCGUGACGCCGAAGAAGAGACGUGCGCCUUGCCGCAAAACGUGGGAAAUAUUCGGUUGCAAGCUGUGUGACGGAAGAAGGAGCGAACCGAGCCCGACCCCGGAUUAUUGUUGAUAGCUCGCGAGCUAGCCACCUAGCUCGAGUGGGGCUAGCUCGGCGAGCCAAUCCGAGUUGCUUCUGGAGGAGAAGAAAGGGGGAGCUAGAGAUACGGACAUAAAUCCUGCUAAAACAUUCUCCUCCCUUUGGGCGCCACAUCCGAAGCUCGUUGGAGGGUUUGUUUUUCCUCUGAAAUGUCACUGUGUCCACCUGAGGCGGCACAGCGUUUGUCGACAAGGUGUCAGGAGAUGUGAGGACGGGAGUCAUUCGUCGGCCCCCCGAUCUACCUGUGUAUCAACACACUUCCCCCACCCUCACCUCAAGCAUGAAUGGGGAUAUGCCUCAUGUUCCCAUCACUACUCUCGCUGGGAUCGCUAGCCUGACAGACUUGUUGAACCAGCUGCCCCUUCCCUCCCCCUUGCCGGCAACCACCACGAAGAGCCUCUUGUACAAUGGGAGAAUAGCAGAAGAGGUUAACUGUCUUCUGGGCUGCCGGGAUGAGAACCUUGCCUCCCAGCUCGCCCAUGGCCUGAACCAGGUCUCCACAGAGCACAUAGAGCUGAAGGACAACCUGGGGAGCGAUGAGCCUGAGGGAGAUGCACCACUGCUGCUGCAGACUAUGCUGGCCAGAAACCCUGGCAUCUUCAGGGAAAAAAAUGUUAUGCAGCAGUCAAUGGUACAACAAUACAAGAUCACCCAAAAUUCCAUGCACAGUCCGGCCCCAUCGGCAAAUUUUCAGCCAGCAGCAAUUUCUCCCAAUCCAUCAAGUAGGUUUGUGGCACCACAGACAGGCUCUAGUAGUCGAUACAUGGGCCAGCAAAACAGUCCUGUUCCCAGUCCCUACACGCCCCAGAGCCCAGCCCCCGGUUACAUUCAGCAGUACCCCCACCAACAGCCGCCCAGCUAUAACCAACAUCAACAGAUACAGCAAGUGUCCGUGCCCAGUCCAAUGGUUCCGGGAAGUAUACGAAACAUCCAUGAAGGCAAGGUAUCUGGGCAGAUGGCCAACACCGCCAACCACCACUCAGACAGACAUGGCACAGACGACUACUUGAACAUCGUGCACCGGUCGGGCAGUGAGGAUGGUGACUCCUCCCUGAGAAAUCCGGCAUUCCCUCUAAGGUCGCCGCAGUCCGGCUGCUCCCCAGCUGCAGGUGAAGGAACACCUAAACAAGGUUCUCGUCCUCCACUAAUUCUCCAAUCGCCACCUCCAUAUGUGCUGUCGCCGAGGGAAGGGGGACCAGACCAGAAACAGCAACUCCAGCAACGCAAGAAGAUUCCCACCGUGAAAGAGGAGAAAGACAUGUAUGACAUUGUCAGCUCCCCAAACAAGGACUCCACCAAACUCACGCUCAAGUUGUCCCGGGUCAAGUCGAAUGAGUCUGAUCCACCGGGUGAUGCCGUUUCAGGCCUGGACCACAACUCGGACAAUAUAGAGGCUGAAAUGAGCUUUCAGCAAGUGCCUGUUCUCCAGCAGAACCUGAUAGCCCGCCACCAACAAGUCCCCCAGCAGGCAGGGGGUGCUGUUGGUCUGCAGCCUCCUAGUUCCCCUUAUGACGAGGUGGAGCUUGACGCCCUAGCUGAAAUCGAGCGGAUAGAGCGAGAGGCAGCUAGUGAGAAGUGUUCAAAGGAAGUCCAGGAUAAAGACAAGCCACUGAAGAAGAGGAAACAAGACUCUUUUCCCUUGGACCCGGGCGCUGGAGGACCCGGGGGUCCCACAGGGGCCCCAGGAAGUGGACCCACGGGUGGGGGCAAUGCUGGCAAACUGACCCCACAAGAGGCCACAGCAGCUGGGAACGGUGCCAGUCGUCCUCCCCUCAUGGUGAGCAUUGACCUCCAACAGGCAGGAAGGGCUGACGGCCAGCCCGACCCCUGUCUGGCCGCCCCGGUCCCUGCCCUAGAAGCCCAACGAUGGCCCGAAGAACCAUCUUGCGUGCCCGCCGCUGUAGAAGGUUCUGACACAGCCUCGCGUUUGAAACCGGACGGACGACCGGAUGUCAUCAAGAACAGGGUUGAUAAACAUGAUGGCAGAAGAGACUGUCGGGAGUUGUCCAAACACCGACACGAUGACAAGCCUUCAGAUAGGCGGGCGGAGACGCCAAAGUCGUCGGGCCGAGGGGAACACGGACGGGACAGGGAAUCUGACAAAGAUAGGAGGCACCGCAGCGAAACCGGUGACGCUCGUUUGAGAUGUGAUCGAGAUAGGUCCGGCUUCCGGGCGUCCUCUGUCGGAGAGCCUGGUCGUAGCAGCCAUAGGCAAGACAGUCUGAAGCCUUCUGCCGUUUCUUCUGGCCCUAAGCUUCCAGAUUCUUUCCCCGCUCACCUCCUGGGAGGACAAAGUGGCGCACUGAAGAACUUCCAGAUCCCUAAGAUUAAACGUGAUGGUGGCGUUCCAAUCGAGAGUCACAUUUGGGGGCAGCCAAAGGUGAAACUAGAGCGGCUUGGUCUGGUGCAGGACUUUGAGAAGAGGCCCAAGCCUGUGGUACUUCUGAAAAAGCUCUCUGUGGACCAGAUCCAAAGAAUCAUUCGACACAGCAAGUCGGGAAAGAACCGGUUCUCCUCGGGAAAAUAUGGCAAAAGUGGCAUGGACCCGGCCAUCUUAAAAGAACUGCCUCCAGAGUUGCUCGCAGAGAUUGAGUCAACCAUGCCCCUCUGCGAACGAGUCAAAAUGAACAAGCGGAAACGGAGUACGAUCAACGAGAAGCCCAAAUACGCCGAGGUCAGCUCGGACGACGAUGCAAACGAAGAAUCUGCAAGAAAGCGUCAGCGUCGGGAAAAAGAUCGGGCAUGGGACUUUGAGGAAAGAGAGCGACGGACCUCGGGGGAACAUCGGAGAAGUGGAUCCAAAGAAGGCCGUCGAGGCUCGGGGAGCCGUUACCGGGACUCCUCCGAAGAUGACUCGCCGCCUCCCAGCUUGAGCGAUGUUGCCAGGAAAUUAAAGAUGAAAGAGAAACAGAAGAAGCGGAAAGCGUACGAACCGAAGCUCACUCAAGAGGAGCUUAUGGACUCGUCCACGUUCAAGAGGUUCUUAACUAGCAUUGACAACAUUCUGGAGAACCUAGAGGACGUGGAUUUCACCACCAUGGCAGAUGACGAUGAGAUACCUCAGGAAUUGCUACUUGGGAAACACCAGUUAAACGAGCUGGGCAGCGAAUCCGCCAAAAUCAAAGCUAUGGGCAUCACUGGCAGGAUCCCAUCAGACAAACUGGUGAAGUUGCUCAACAUACUAGAGAAGAAUAUCCAGGAUGGAGCUAAACUCUCCACCAUGAUUAACCAUGACCACGAUGGUGAGGAUGAGGAGAGGCUAUGGCGAGACCUCAUCAUGGAACGAGUGACAAAGUCUGCCGACGCCUGCCUCACGGCUCUGAACAUCAUGACAUCGGCGCACAUGCCAAAAGCUGUCUACAUCGAGGACGUCAUCGAGCGGGUCCUACAGUACACCAAAUUCCAUCUGCAGAACACACUCUACCCGCAGUACGACCCAGUCUACAAGGUGGACCCGCAUGGGGGUGGCCUAUUAAGCUCCAAGGCGAAGCGGGCCAAAUGCUCUACGCACAAGCAGCGCGUCAUCAUCAUGCUAUACAACAAAGUGUGUGAUGUCGUCAGCAACAUCUCCGAGCUCCUUGAGAUCCAACUGCUUACUGACACCACCAUCCUCCAGGUUUCAUCAAUGGGAAUCACUCCAUUUUUUGUGGAAAAUGUCAGCGAGCUGCAGCUGUGUGCUAUUAAACUGGUUACAGCGGUGUUUUCUCGUUAUGAGAAGCACCGGCAGCUCAUUCUGGAGGAGAUAUUUACGUCACUGGCCAGGCUGCCCACCAGCAAACGCUCCCUCAGGAACUUCCGGUUGAACAGCUCGGACCAGGAUGGAGAGCCCAUGUACAUCCAAAUGGUGACUGCCUUGGUGUUACAACUCAUCCAGUGUGUUGUGCAUUUACCCAAUGACAGAGACGCUUUGGAGGAGCACGACAGCAAGGUGGACCAAGAUGUGCUGAUUACAAACUCGUAUGAGACGGCAAUGAGAACAGCGCAGAACUUUCUCUCAGUAUUCUUGAAAAAAUGUGGCAGUAAGCAAGGAGAGGAAGACUACCGGCCUCUGUUUGAGAACUUUGUGCAGGACCUACUCUCGACAGUUAACAAACCAGAGUGGCCUGCUGCAGAGUUGCUACUCAGUCUGCUUGGCAGACUCUUGGUGCACCAGUUCAGCAACAAGCAGACAGAGAUGGCUCUCCGAGUGGCUUCUUUAGACUACCUUGGCACUGUGGCCGCUCGCUUGAGGAAGGAUGCCGUUACCAGCAGGAUGGACCAGCGGUCGAUUGAUCGCAUUCUAGAACAGUCUCAGGGUAGUGAUGAAACGCAACAGCUGCAAAAGGCUCUACUGGACUAUUUGGAGGAGAAUGCUGAUACAGAUGCCUCCCUAGUGUUUGCCAGAAAGUUCUACAUUGCCCAGUGGUUUCGGGAUGCUACGACCGAAGCGGAGAAGUCCAUGCGAAAUCAGAACCCGAAGGACGACGACUCUUCGGAGGGGCCGCAGCACGCCAAGGAAAUGGAGACCACGGGUGAGAUCAUGCAGCGAGCCGAGAAACGCAAGAAGUUCUUGCGCAACAUCAUCAAGACCACGCCGGCUCAUUUUGCCACAUUGAAGAUGAACUCUGACACUGUGGACUACGAGGACUCCUGUCUAAUUGUGCGCUAUUUGGCCUCCAUGAGGCCGUUUGCACAGAGCUUUGAUAUUUAUUUAACACAGAUAUUACGAGUCCUCGGUGAAAGUGCCAUAGCAGUGAGGACUAAAGCCAUGAAGUGUCUGUCCGAGGUUGUGGCAGUGGAUCCCAGCAUCCUUGCGAGGUCGGACAUGCAGCGUGGAGUCCACGGCCGCUUGAUGGACAACUCAACAAGUGUCAGAGAAGCAGCUGUGGAGUUGCUUGGCAAGUUUGUCCUUAGCAGACCGCAGCUCACCGAGCAGUACUACGACAUGCUUAUAGAGAGAAUACUGGACACUGGUAUCAGUGUAAGGAAGCGGGUGAUCAAGAUCCUGCGAGACAUCUGUUUGGAGCAGCCCACCUUCAGUAAAAUCACAGAGAUGUGUGUCAGAAUGAUUCGCAGGGUCAAUGAUGAGGAGGGAAUCAAGAAAUUGGUGAAUGAAACAUUUCAGAAGUUAUGGUUCACGCCAACGCCGGCCCACGACAAGGAAACCAUGACCAGAAAGAUCCUCAACAUUACAGACGUGGUCGCGGCAUGUCGAGACACUGGCUAUGACUGGUUUGAACAACUUCUUUCCAAUCUUCUCAAAUCUGAGGAGGACGCAUCAUAUAAACCUGCCAAAAAGGCCUGCGUCCAACUGGUGGACAAUCUGGUGGAGCAUAUCUUGAAAUAUGAAGAGUCUCUGGCAGAGAGCAAAGGCGUGAACUCCACCCGUUUAGUGGCCUGCAUCACUACAUUGUACCUGUUCAGCAAGAUUAGGGCACAGCUCAUGGUAAAACACGCCAUGACUAUGCAGCCUUACCUAACCACCAAGUGUAACACUGCCAACGACUUUAUGGUCAUUUGCAAUGUAGCGAAGAUGUUGGAGCUGGUGGUGCCUCUGAUGGAGCACCCCAGUGAGACGUUCCUUGCCACUAUUGAAGAGGACCUCAUGAAGCUCAUCAUCAAGUAUGGCAUGACGGUGGUCCAGCACUGUGUCAGCUGUCUCGGCGCUGUUGUCAACAAAGUGACUCACAACUACAAGUUUGUCUGGGCAUGCUUCAAUAAAUUCUAUUGUGCACUUAAUAAGCUAAAGGCCCAGCAUCAGGAGGAUCCAAACAGCACGACGUUGAUAGCAAACAAGCCUAUCUUGCUGCGAGCACUGUUCACCGUGGGUGCCCUUGGUCGACACUUUGAUUUUGACCUAGAAGAAUUCAAAGGCUCAACCAAGAUCAUUAUCAAGGAAAAGGUUCUGGAGCUUCUACUAUAUUUCACCAAGCAUGAGGACGAGAAAGUCAAGACGAAAGCUAUUAUCGGGUUAGGCUUUCUCGUCAUCAUGCAUCCCAGCCAAAUGUUCAUGCCAGAAGUGAAAUCCUUGUACAAUGGCAUCUUGGCUGACAGUGCCUCGUCCAUCAACCUCAAAAUCCAGAUCCUCAAAAACCUCCAGACGUACCUGCAAGAAGAAGACACGAGAAUGCAAGAAGCAGACCGGGAAUGGAAAAAGCUUUCCAAACAGGAGGAUCUGAAAGAAAUGGGGGACAUUUCCUCAGGGAUGAGCAGCUCUAUUAUGCAGCUUUACCUGAAGCAGGUGCUGGAGGCCUUCUUCCACACGCAGUCCAGUGUGCGGCACUUUGCGCUCAAUGUCAUUGCGCUCACUCUGAACCAGGGCCUCAUUCAUCCGGUGCAGUGCGUGCCUUACCUAAUUGCCAUGGGAACCGACCCGGAGCCCAGCAUGAGGAACAAAGCUGAUCAGCAACUGGUGGAGAUAGACAAGAAAUACACAGGAUUCAUCCAUAUGAAAGCAGUUGCUGGGAUGAAGAUGUCAUUUAACCUGCAGCAGUCAAUCGAGAUGUCUCGGAGGACUAUCAUACGAGGCUUCAGACAAGACGAAACCCACUCGGCUCUCUGCUCGCAUCUCUUCUCCAUGAUCCGCACCAACCGGCAACACCGGAGGGCAUUUCUCAUCUCUCUACUAAAUCUCUUUGAUGACAGCGCCAGAACGGAGGUGAACAUGUUGCUGUUCAUAGCGGACAACCUGGCCUGCUUCCCGUACCAAAGCCAGGAAGAACCUCUCUUCAUCAUGCACCAUAUAGACAUCUGCCUGUCAGUUUCUGGAAGCAACCUUCUUCAAAACUUUACAGAGCUUCUAUUAAAAGAGCCGAGGCGGAAAGAGAAGAAGGUGAAGGAGUGGAAGAGCAGGUCAGACGGGGAGGAUGAUGAAGAAAAAAUGAACUGUGAGUCCCCCGGGAGCGUCGAGGAACGAAAUAGCGAAGAUGACGAGGUGGUACGGCAGCCUAAAAAGACAAGAAAACCAGUGGACGAUUCCGAAAGCUCAGAGUCUGAUUCUGAUCUCGACGAUUUAAGCGUGGAUGAUACGGACAGGGUUAUGAAACGUCUUCCAGACAAUCCCGCUAGCCUUUUGGACUUUGCCAACUCUGUUCAAGGCAUAUUGUUGCUGCUGGUGCUCAAACAGCAUCUGAAGAACCAAUACGGAUUUUCAGACGGCAAAAUUCAAAAGUACUCACCGACCGAGUCGGCCAAGGUAUACGAUAAGGCGGUGAACCGAAAAAUCAACGUUUACUUCAACCCCCGGCAAACCCUUGACUUUAUCUCCAACAACAUGGCACGCGCCACAGUAACGGAAGAUGUCAAGAGGCGGAUAGUCAAACAGUAUCUUGAUUUCAAGAUACUAAUGGAACAUCUAGACCCGGACGAGGAGGACGAGGAGGGAGAAGCAUCAGCAAGCGCCAACAUCCGAAACAAAGCCAUAAAUGCCCUGCUGGGAAGCUCGGGACCGUUGAUGGGGCCCAGUCCGCGCAAUCAGGCGGGACCGGAGACAGAUGACGACUACAGCGACGGCGAUGAGCGCGCACCAGGGUCCUCUCGGAAGACGAGACGAUCGGGAGACCCGUCGGAUCCCGGCAGGAUGAAUGAGACUGUGGAGGUGAUGGACGUGAUCGCCCUGUGCUGCCCCAAGUACAAGGACCGGCCACAGAUCGCCCGCGUGGUCCACAAAACCACCAGCGGCUACGCCAUCCACUGGAUGGCCGGCUCCUACUCGGGGCCUUGGGCCGAGGCCAAAAAGCGAGACGGCCGCAAACUGGUGCCUUGGGUGGACACGAUCAAGGAGUCGGACGUCAUUUUCAAGAAGAUUGCCUUGACCAGCAACCACAAACUGAGCAACAAAGUAGUGCAGACUUUACGCUCGCUAUACGCAGCGCGGGAAGGAGGAGCCAGCUAAUGGCUCCUGCGUUUUUGUUAUUUUUGUUUUGUUGUUUCUCAGAUUUUUUCUACCUGCUCCCCGCCGCCUCAUCCACACGGCCAAACUUCACUGGAUUUGCACCCUUUUCUCUUCCUCAUUUUUGUAUGAAAAACAAGACACUACAUACUUUUACAUGAGUUAUUCUUUCAAAAGAAAAAGACUUAUUAUUUUAUUAUUAUUAUUAUAUUGAAUGGACUGCUCAUGUUCAUGUGUAUGUGUACACGUACGGAGAGGAUAUAAGAUCCAGAAAACUUAUUGAAAGGAAAUAAUAGCUCCAGUUGAUCCCCUCCGUUGGAAGGCUUUUCCCAGAAGGGCGGUGGGGAGCGGGGGAAUGUUUGGUCAACAUUGUCGUGGGAGCUCCUUCGCUGUUGUGCAGCCGAUUCUAGUCGCUCAUUUCUUACUCCCACUGUAUUAUAGUUUAACACAAACAGAAAAACUAAAAAAUGUUUAUAUCUCUGAAGACAAAACUGUAAAAAAACAAAAAAAUCCCACAUGAACUAAAAAAAAUAAUAAAACCUUAAGUGAAUGUUGGAAAUUAGUCUUUUUGAUGUUCUUAUUAAAGUGUUUUUUGAAGUUUAUUAUAAUACUAGCACCUAAUGGUUUUCCCUUCUAUAGUUUUUAGAUAUUUGAAAGAAGAAAAUAACUUUUUUUUUUUUCUUUAAAAUUUUUGUUCAUUUUUAUUUGUCCAUGCUGUACAAUGGCAGAGUCCUCUGAAUAUAAUUUAUUCUAUUUCGAACUACGCAUGCAGUAUAUAUGUGGCCUAUUGCAGGAGGAUAUUUUGUAAAUGUCGAUUUUUGUUGUUUUAGGUCACCUUAGUAAUAUGAGGAAAGGGGAUUCAUAACUUUUU